AGAAUAGUUUGCUGCAAGCUUGUCCUGAUUAUCCUAAUGUUAUGGUACUCGGAAUCGAUAGUUUUAUCAGUUUUAACGCUACCGGAGUUUUAAAGAUAUCGAAUCUCGUUACUAUAUUUUCUUCCGAUUAUGAUCCUGUUAAAAAGUAUAUUUAUGUU